AUGGAAGGGAAUCGCUCGACGAAGAAAAGUCAUAAAGAGUGGCGUAAGAUAGCGAAGAAGGAACGCCGGAGACAUCUGCGUCGUAGAGCGGCCGCGGAACGAGAUGCGGACGAGCAACGACAGAGGGCAGCACUUGAGGAAAGCGCGGAAUAUUCAAACUGGCUGGAACAGCGUGAAGCCGAGGAGAGAGAGAGAGAAGCUCGGGAGAGAGAGGAGCACGACGAACGGGAAAGGCUGUGGUUAGAGAAGGAGGUAAAAGCCCAAGAGGAAUGGCAAAUUUUGCAGGAGAAAAAGCAAAAGGCCCGGCAACUGCAAUUGGAACAGGAGGCGAAAGUCCGGCAGGAAUUCGAAGCGAAACAGGAGGCCAUUCGGAAGAAGCAGGAAGAGGAGAAGCGUAGGAGAGAGGAGGAAAUUAGGAAGCGAGAGCAGCUGUUGAAAGAGAUCGACGAUUACAUCGAUGACGGGAUCAAGACGCCGGAAGCUCUGCGCGAAGUUAUCGACAGUCAACCCGGUAAAGAACUUUGUCCAUUUUUCGCAAAGACAGGUGCCUGCAGAUACGGCGAUACCUGUUCGAGGAAUCAUCGCAGAGUAUGCUUGAGUAAAGUGAUACUGGUACCUGGCUUUUACACGCAUUUCUCUCUGGAGAAGAACUCCGCGGAGUACGACACGGACAUUGCCCUUGAAUUCGAAAGCUCGGAGACACGGCAGCACUUUCGCGAAUUUUACAACGACGUCGUCCCUGAACUCGAGUCGUUCGGCAGGAUCAAAACCCUGAAGUACUGUUGCAACAGCGAGGUCCACCUGCGGGGGAACCUGUACGUCGAAUAUUACACCGAGAGGGAGGCUGCCAGGGCAUUGAGGAAGCUGAAAGGUCGAUGGUACGCCGGCCGACAGCUGAACUGCGAGUUUGUCAAUUUGAAGUCAUGGAGGAGUGCGGUUUGCGGGAUGUCGAAAUGCCCGAAAGGAAGGGCGUGCAAUUUCCUGCAUACUUUCAAGAAUCCGCACGACCAGUACGACAUCAAAAGCCCGCCCAGAUGGGCGAAACAAUUGUCCUCGUCCGCUCAGGAAGUCACCAGCAGCAGCAAGAAGCUCGAGCAC